AUGCCCACGACCACGCUCUUGGAAAUUCAGGGAGAGCUGCAGGGUCCUUUGGUUGUGAAGAACACGUUCAUUGACGAGGAUGCGAGCGACCAUCAGAGUCGCAAGCGUUGGGCCACGGCUCCUGAUACCAUGUACGAUUGGGAUGCAACCACAUCUUUGUGCGAUGGGAGUCCCAUGGCCGACCUUCAAAGCAGCCUAUCUUCGUGUGAGUCUCCCGAAACCCUGACCUUGAGCUCCGUAAGGAUGCGGAACGCGUCCUCGGAGAGCGAGACGCUGCAGGAAGGUCUGUCUGAGAUGGAGCUUCGCAAAACUGUGGAAGAGCAAAGUGAAACGUUGGAUCAGCCACAGUCCAGGGACCAGGCAACCUCCACGGAUGACGCUGAUGAGGAGGCUUCUGCCCCGCCCACGCCCCGCGCGGCGCGGCCGAACCGAAGGAGUUCCAUGAUGCAGACGCAAGACUGUUGGCCCGAGUACCAGCAAGUGCCAACCAGGCCGAAAGCGAACGCCGUUCCCACUGCGCCAGCUGCGCCAGCUGCGCCAGCUGCGCCAACGCCGCCUGCCGUUCCGGUGGCCCCUGCGGUGGCGCCGCCGUUGAACCUGUGUCAGGCGAUCGCUAAUCCACCACUAGUCUAUCCGGCCAUCUCUUCGGUUCCCGGCAUCUACGACAUGUAUGGUUGUGGUGGCUGCCACUACUACACGCCCAUGGCAGGCCUCGCACCCAUCACGGCUUCGCCAUGGCCCUUGUAUCAGCCCCAGCUCACCCACGCGGCGCUCUUGCUGCAGCAGUGGCAGCUGCAGCAACAGGCGGCGGCGCAACAGGCAGUCUUGAACACCAUGGCACCGCCGGCGCGCGUUUGGGACGUGCGUUCAUUGGAAACACCAAACCCAAUGACUGCUCCUGUGAUCGAGAUGGAGCCCAAGCAGGACAUUGGAGCCAUUUUAGCGCAAGCUGAAAAGUGGGAACCUGAACGGCACGAUGUACAUCGCAAGAGGAACGGCACGCGGCGACAGCGCUUGUGGGUUCAUAUCUACCUGCACAUGCGGAUUCAGGGCAAAAGCCUUGACAAAUAUGGCUUGCCCAGAUUCUUCGACCUGGUCCCAGCUUUGAUUGGAAGAUUGGGUUGCCACACAAACAAAAUUCACGAAGAGACCGGUGCCAAAAUCAGGAUCCGAGGACAAGGAAGUGGUCAUAAGGAAAUCGAAGGUGAAUACGAGGCCCCAGUACCUUUGAUGGUGGCUAUCAGCACCGACCAUGAAGAUCCAAUCUGGUUUCGAAAGGCCGUGGAAAAGAUGUUGAAAAAAGACAAGUUCGAGCCCUUCCUUCGCAGCGAAAACAUCGAAUUUGAUGGGCCGCGCUUUUCGAUGGGGCUGGUGGAGAAGCACAUUGCAGAGGUCCUCAAGGUCCAAAACUAUGCUUGUAUUUGGGUCUUUGGAGAGCCUAAGCAUGUCCAAACCAAGCUGCCAGGUGAACUUUGUCUACUUGAACGGCCACAAGGGGGUUCUGGCUAUUUCAUGGGCAUUGUCUUCAUCCACUUUUUCAUUUUCUUGGCGUUUGUCUUCCUUGGGAAAUUUGUGAACCAUUACUCCAUCGCAGAGGAGAAGAACAAGGCGGCAAAGGGCUUCAGCCAGGUUCUGGUGGCACUGUCACAGGACGAGAAGUUCUUGAACUACGUCAAAACCAACAUGGCGGAGUACAAGGAACCAUGGAGAUGUGGCUACUGUAUGAGGCUCAACAAGAUGAAUGCUUUGAGAUGUGGAAAAUGCGACACCAUAUGGCAUCAAUGUUUGGAUGCAUCCUACGUCCAUGGCGCCAAGUCCAAGAAGGAGACGUGGACCUAUGCCAGCUGGGAUGCAGGAGAACAGACAUGGCCAUCGGAACGAAAGGCAUCCAAAUCGCCGCGCAAGACCAGAAGAGGAUCUACACCGAGAGCAAGUCGACGCAAAGUCAAAGAAGAUCUGGUACCACCCUUGGACCCUCCUUGGAGUACCAAGCAGCAGCCUGUUGCCCCGUCGACGUCAUCAGCGACAGGGAAUGCAGAGAAUGCAGCAGCUGCACAACAGCUGCAGACGCUGGUCAACAAGUUGCAGACCAACGAGCAACCGCUCUCCCCGCAGGAGAUUCAGCAGAUCAUUGCGGAAACAACGAACAAGCCAGUGACAUCAAAAAGCAUGCAUCAGGCAGUUCGGAAAGUGGAUCAGGCCAGAGACAAGCUCAAGGCGGCGACUGCGGCUCGAAGAAAGUUGCACACGUCUUGGCUGAACUAUGUGGAGGAGAGCAUCAAAAGAUGGCAGUCAUUUGCGGAGGACUUCGCGAAGAAGGAUGCAGCCUUGGACAAGGAGGUCAACGCUGCACGAGAUUGCCUUCAAGAAGCACGAAGUCAUCUCGACGAGGUGAAAGAGAUCCACUCCAAGAUGGAUGCCGAUGUUCUGGGUACGGAAGUCAUCUCGGAUGGCGAAAUGGAGGACGACACCAUGAAGGAGAACACUGCAGAGGCAAUACAGAAAAGUAUUCACACUGUGGUGGACAACCUGGAGCAGCUGAACGUCCGUCCAGUAGAAGAAGCAUCAGAAGAGAUCCCAGCGGCCAAAAAGCCCAGAACAGAAGAUGGUGGGCGAGGCUCGCGUGCGCUCUCGCCUUUCCCCGGGCCGGGCAAAUAG